AUGGUCGUCUUAAAACACAUUAUAUAGGUACCGUACACAGCAUGCCUCUUGCUAGUUAAUACAUCGUCAGAAAUCAGGUAAUGAUUUUAUAUCCUACAUUUACACAACCGUCAAUAUAUUCGUGCGUUGAGGUAAACGACCGUACAAAGGUUGAAGGAAUAAAAGUUAGCGGUCAGCUAGAUAGAAAGGUGGAGAUAAAUAGUUCACGAAAAAUCCAGAAACAUAAAUAAGAUAAAUCGAUCAUAGAUCGAUCAAUAAAUAAAGUAACCAGCCUAGCGCCGUGUUCACCGUUUUCAGAUUUGCUGACCAUGAAGCCCUGUGUGGCGAUGCUGGCGGUCGGAGUGGCCCUCCUGGGUGCUACCGCUGCCCAGGAGCAGUACAAGGGCUACUUCCAAUACCUGAACGUGAAGGCGCCUAAGGAGUAUGAGCACGGCUACAAGCGCGGCAACGAGUACCACAACCGCGACCACUACCAGCAGAACAAGGACCACCGCUUCAGGGCCAAGGUCGGCUGGAACGAUAAGUCGGGAGGAAGCGGAGAGCAUUACUUCGAGUACAACCACGCACCCAAGCAAGCCGAAUAUAAGGAGCCGGCUCCGUACGCUCCGGAGCCGGCCCCGUACGCUCCGGAGCCGGCCCCGUACGCUCCGGAGCCGGCCCCGUACGCGCCGGAGCCGGCCCCGUACGCGCCGGAGCCGGCCCCGUACGCGCCGGAGCCGGCCCCGUACGCGCCCGUUUACGAGUGAUUGACAGACUGGAUGAGCAAACGAGAACCGUACAAGGGAAUAGCUAGUCGAUGGCAGCAAAUACCAGGCGCUUUCAUUUGUUAUUUGUUACAGCUUCGCACAUCGAAGCUGCACCUGAGUGAUCCGCUUGUUUAUUGUACUCGUAUGUUGGCAGUCGAAUACAU